GUGGGCCCGAAUCUCUAUUCAACCUUCAGUAGUUGUGCUUUUUCCUGUAGGGGCACCUUCAACCAGCUCCACGGUAUAGCGACCAGGACCUUUCAGAAAAAGGAGAAACACAGACACUAUGUCCUUUCUGACUACCGGUAUCAGCAGGCUAGCGCCAGUACUCCUAACUUCAAAGAAUGCGUCCUACAUCCUUGUGGCGUCCAGACAUGCCAGUUCGUCAGCAAAUCUGAAGGACGUUCUAUCAGAACUUAUUCCAAAAGAGCAAAGUAGGAUCAAGAGCUUCAAACAGCAGUAUGGCAAAACUAACAUUGGCUCAAUCACUGUUGACAUGGUCUACGGGGGGAUGAGGGGCAUGAAGGGGCUGGUGUAUGAGACCUCAGUGCUGGACCCUGAUGAGGGCAUCCGGUUCCGGGGCUACAGCAUUCCAGAGUGUCAGCAGCUGUUGCCCAAGGCUCCCGGAGGUCAGGAACCACUGCCCGAGGGCCUCUUCUGGCUGCUGGUCACAGGACAGGUCCCCACAGAGGAACAGGUGAGCUGGCUGUCCAGAGAAUGGGCUAAGCGGGCCGCCCUCCCUUCUCAUGUGGUCACCAUGCUGGACAACUUCCCGACCAAUCUGCACCCCAUGUCCCAGUUCAGUGCCGCCAUCACAGCUCUGAACAGCGAGAGCAGCUUUGCGCGGGCCUACUCCGAGGGCGUUAACAAGUCCAAGUACUGGGAGUUCAUUUAUGAGGACUCAAUGGACUUGAUUGCCAAGUUGCCGUGUGUUGCUGCUAAGAUCUACCGUAACCUGUACCGGGAGGCCAGCAGCAUCGGAGCAAUAGACUCCAACCUGGACUGGUCUGCUAACUUCGCCAACAUGCUGGGCUACAGUGACUCUGCAGAAUUCACUGAACUUAUGAGGCUCUACCUUACUAUUCACAGUGACCACGAGGGGGGUAACGUCAGUGCCCAUACCAGUCAUUUGGUGGGCAGUGCCCUCUCUGACCCCUACCUCUCCUUCAGCGCUGCUCUGAACGGCCUGGCCGGACCUCUGCAUGGGCUGGCCAACCAGGAGGUGCUGGUUUGGCUGACUGCCCUGCAGAAGGAGAUGGGAGGGGAGGUUUCUGAUGAGAAGAUGAGGGAUUACAUCUGGAACACACUCAAGUCUGGCAGGGUGGUGCCAGGCUAUGGGCAUGCUGUCCUGAGGAAGACUGACCCCAGGUACACAUGCCAACAGGAGUUUGCUUUCAAGCACCUGCCCAAUGAUCCCAUGUUCAAACUGGUGCACCAACUCUACAAGAUCGUUCCCCCAGUACUGCUGGAGCAGGGCAAGGCCAAGAACCCCUGGCCCAAUGUAGACGCCCACAGCGGCGUGCUGCUGCAGUACUACGGGAUGACAGAGAUGAACUACUACACUGUAUUGUUCGGUGUGUCCCGAGCCCUGGGUGUUCUGGCGCAGCUGAUCUGGAGUCGAGCCCUGGGCUUCCCCCUGGAGCGUCCCAAGUCAAUGAGCACGGACGGACUGAUGGCCCUGGUGGGGGCUAACAAGUCAGGCUGAAGGAGAGAGGAUUCAAUAUCAAAUCGAAAAUGAAAUAUUUAAAGAGACAGUACAUUUAAAAUUAAUUGAAAAUCCAAAAAGGGCCUUUUGAUAUUUCCAUUAAUUAAUUAAUUUAAGACCUUUUCAGGUAAUCAUAGAUAUCUCAUCUUGCUUUGCCUCCACGUUUGGAAGAUGAAGAGAGAAGUUUCGCAACAGGCAUGUGCACACUUCUUGCCUGCCUAGAGUAUUUUGUGUUUAGUGUUUAUUAACCCCUAUGCUUCAUAGGUGGGCAGGGCCAGUCUCAGUGCACCUCUGUACAGAACUCCCACCUACCUCUGUACCUCAGGCUCAAACCACUCACAGUAGACUUUUCAUUUCUACUCACAGUAGAGUCAUAUUUUGCUUUGUAGGUUUGCUAAAUACACCGGUAACCAUAAUUGUUUGUUUGUUCUGGCCUGAAACGCUCUACAUUUCUCUGCCAUUUUCUGAGACAUUUCAGUAACUAUCAAUUUUACUCCAGAGAACACUCCGGUGGAGAAAAAGGUCCUUUUAAAGAAAAAAUAGAAGAAUAUUUGAUUUCUUACCUUUUUUUUUUGAUAAUGCUGAUCCUGCCCCUUUAAAUCCUUUUGGCUCAUGUCAUUCCAUCUCAUCUAAUUCUGUCAGAGGAAAAUCGCAAAAACACAAUGAUUAAAUUAGCUUCAGUAUUUCCUCAUUCAGUCUUGUUUUUACUUCUUUACUUAUAUUUUCAGUCUAGGCACCUUUUGAGGGGUUUGUGUAGUUAGGAGAAUAUGAUAGAGAUUUGAUUUUUGGUCUGCAAUAUUCAAAGCCCUGAUAAUAAUAGUUAUAUACUUAUUCUCGUUAAGAGAUCAGGUUUAUUAAGUGCGUGAGAGCAAGCUUGAACAUCGGUCUACAGUCAAGAAGGGAUAUUUAUUUUUUGGGUGGCUGUUUUAUUUUGGUUAAGUGUAUGUUGUCGCUUAUUCCCCUGAAGAGCGCUUUCGUGAUCAAGCUACUACUCCAAAAUGAGCACUUGCUAGCUUGGAAACCCCAAUUAUUUUCCAGUAGUAAAACCCCAGUUUUGAUUGAUUGUCCUUUUUAUGUUAUGGGUGUUGAAUGCAUAGCAUUGUAUAAAAACAAUAUUAGCAAUUGUGAGUGCUUAUUUUGUGGUUUUAUUUAUACUUUGUACAUAGUUAAAUAUUUAUGUAUAGCUUGAAUGUAUGAGCUCUAUGCAAACAUUGCUUAGUCAUACAGGUGUGCGACUUCAACCUCACUGAGUACUAUAUUUAUUUGUUUUAUCUAGUUUAAAAAGGUAUUCUCACGGAUGUACAUUGUCCUUGUGUACACUGUUGUAAAUAAAUAUUUCCCAUUUUAUAUGGGAUUCUGAUGUUUUGGGAGGGGGGGGGUGACUUUUUCAAGCUUGUUCUCAGUCUACCCUAGCAGAUAUUGGUUAGAGGCCACUAUAAGCAACUUCAUCUGCUUAUAAUGGGUCUUUCAACUGUCUCUUAUGUAGCACGUGCAGAAUAUCUCAGAACAUCUCAUCCUGCUUUCCUAAAUUAAAUCCCCUCAGAAUGCAA